CGUCGCGGUUUGCUGCGUCAUUGACGUGCGCAGAGCUGAGGUGUCAUUAGACAGGAGGUCGGUUCCCGGCGGGCUCUCAUCAUGACGAAGCUCCUGCAGUGGCUGCUCGGCGUGUCGCUGGUGGUCGCGGCCUGGGCGGUGGUCUCCUUCGACCUGUUGGACCUGCGCCUGCCGCACACGUACCGGGAGGUGGCCUGGCCGAUGCCCCUCUACCUGCUGGUGUCGUUCGGCUGCUACUCGCUGGCCACCGUGGGCUACAGGCUGACCACCUUCAAUGACUGCGAGGAGGCGGCGAGGGAGCUGCAGGAGCAGAUCAGAGAAGCCAGAGAGGACCUGAGGAGAAAGGGCCUGAAGAUGUAAAUCCUGAGGACCGUGUAGAGACAUUGUGAUGGAUCCAUGACUGUUGCACACAACCUGGUGUCUGCACUCGAGAGGCUGGAGUCUCUACAGUGAAAGAUGCUGGAUGGACUUCCUGUUUACCAUUCAUUCAUGCAGCCAUGUUUGUUUUCAUUCAUGUGUUCACUGGCACGUCUUUAAGACAAAUUAGAAAUUAGCCCAACUGACUGUUUUUGUUUUGACUUUAAGACUCAACUCUGUUUAUAAACUGAAUAUUUUUGUCCAUUCAAAGACGUGUCUGAAGUAAAACAUUUAUAUUUUGCAACAUCCAGUUCUGUUCAAAUCGGCCUGUGGUUCCACUGAUGUAUAAAUAGCUUUUCUUGGAGAAAACGCACACAUUAGUGUUUAGUUAUCAUCUGUGACCAGAUAUUCAUCACUGGAAGAAUCCAGCUUUCAGACAUGCACUGAACUCCAGACAUGUUCCUGAAAUGUUCUGUGGGGUGGAGGUGGGGUGGCUUAAUAAGAUCGCAAAUGUGUCCAAUCGGAAACCUAAACCGAAACAUUUGUUUAUGUCACGUCCUACAUCCUCCAUGUUCCCAUCCCUCGCCUGAAUGUUACCGGAAAUGUUUCUGUUGUUUAGAUCACGUCUGACCUGGACAAUCUCCUGCCGCGUUCUUCAUAUGUGAAAGUUCAAAGUUCAUGUCUGAAAACGGCCUCUGACCUGAUUCUCGACUGGGAUUUUUUUACAUUCUUUCAAUCUGCGUCAGCACCGCACAGGGUCGGCCUUGUCGUGCCUGUCUGGAGGUUGCUGCUUGUCAGAAAACAUGGAGUAGAUUGUUAUCUGUAGUGUACAUUCCAUUGUCCGGUUUCAGACUGGUUCCCUGUGGCUAUUGCUGCGAUGUAAUUAAAAUGGAGUCUAUUUUCUUCAGA